AUGGCGCAGCGGAGGGCGGCGGAGCGCGGGCCUUGCCAAGCGGCGGCGGAGAGUUCCAGGCACCAGCGGCAGCUUCUGGAAGGGAAAGCUCAGGCAGAAGGUGGAUCAGCUCGGACCUCGUUCCUUAUUUUAGUGUCUAUCUUCUCAUCAGCUGCUUUCCUUAUGUUCCUGGUAUAUAAAAAUUUCCCACAACUUAGUGAAGAAGAAAGAGAAUGUAUAAAGGUUCCUAGAGAUAUGGAUGAUGCAAAGGCCUUGGGAAAAGUCCUGUCCAAAUAUAAGGACACAUUUUAUGUUCAAGUAUUAGUGGCUUAUUUUGCCACAUACGUUUUCUUGCAAACAUUUGCUAUCCCUGGGUCUAUAUUUCUCAGUAUCCUGUCAGGGUUUCUUUAUCCCUUUCCGCUGGCCUUAUUUCUUGUUUGUCUGUGCUCAGGACUUGGAGCUUCAUUCUGCUAUAUGCUUUCGUACCUAGUGGGACGUCCUGUUGUGUACAGAUAUUUAACAGAAAAAGCAGUAAAAUGGUCAGAACAGGUUGAACGACACAGAGGACACCUCAUUAACUACAUAAUAUUUUUGAGAAUAACACCUUUUCUUCCCAACUGGUUUAUCAAUAUAACAUCUCCUGUAAUUAAUGUGCCAUUGAAAGUAUUUUUCAUUGGCACUUUUCUAGGUGUGGCACCACCGUCUUUUGUAGCCAUUAAGGCAGGAACAACGCUGUACCAACUUACAACAGCAGGGGAAGCUGUUUCCUGGAACUCUGUUUUUGUUCUCAUGAUUCUAGCCAUCCUCUCCAUCCUACCAGCUGUCUUCCAGAAGAAACUGAAACAGAAGUUUGAAUAGGAUCAAACUGGACCAGAAUUUCCCAUGCUUCAUCUCAGGAUCAGCACUUCUGAUAUUUGUAUAUUUGCUUUUCUAUUGGAUCUUAAGCAAUUAAAGGGGAGGCUUGUAAUUGAUACGAAUGUCUUUAAAUGAACACAUGGCCUAAAAUAGAAGGAACUGUGUUCAGAAAUGUACUGCAUAUAGUUUUGUAACCAAACCAUCAGUGUUUUACUUUAGGAGGGUGUGUGUGUGGAGCCUCAAGAUGAGGGAAGUGAAAACACAGAUGUAACAUUUUGCUCUGAUUAUCUGCAGAGCAAAAAUUGUCAGGUAAACCACAGAUAAUGCUUUCUAAAACUUGCAGGAAAAACUCCUUAAUUAUUCAGUCCAAUUUUGUAACAUUCUCUGUAGGCUUGCACAUGAUCUGGUCUGAGUACAUUUCUCAUCAACAAUAUUUCUUUUUUUUGCCUUUUGGAGUUCCAGAAUAAUAUCAUAAUGUAAUAACGGUGCUCACUCAGAAACAAAGGUUUUUUGCAGUACUUUAACUACAAUGAUAUUCUCAUCCUGAUUGUUUACUUCUAUUUAUUAGUGCUGUGUGGAUUUAAAUACUUGAACCUACAUCCACUUUACUAACUGGAUUAAUAAAGGCAAAGUGUCACAUCAUUCCCUCUCAUCCUCUGUAAAGUUUUAUUCUGGGAGAAGAUGUAGGAAGGGAGAGAGCAGGUUAGAAUUUUUAUCGUGGCUGGCUGAUGAUUUUGAAGUUCUAAUUUUAAUUUUUUAAUGUUGAUUAUUUUGCCAAUAUUUCACUUGCUUAGAUUUAUCCUGCCAAUUUAAGAAAAUGAUCAGAUGAUUAUAUAAAAGUCUCAGUUGUCAAGUGAUUUAAAAAUGUAUAACUUUAAGCAGUGUAAUAUUACCAUUUCUCAAGCAAUAUGUAAAGAGUAUAAAAUUUUCCAUUGCAGCUCAAUUAGCUAGAAAUGUCCAUAAUGCUCAAAGCAUCACAUAACAGAAGACUCAUGUGUCAGUGUAUAUAAAAUUGAAAGGAUGGUUCCAUUGUCUGGUAGGUCAGUAACUGGCAGUGGACAACCAGCUAUGAUUCACCUUUAAGUAUAUAUACUCACUCAAUAAGGUAUAUGAUACCUCCCUUUGUAUGCUUUUAACUGUUGUAGUUUGUUGUAUUGUCAGUGGAAUAGUGUAAAAUGAGGCCCUGAUCAGCAAGGAAAUGGGGUGCGCCUGUAAGUUUUUACCCUACUGAAACCAGUGCUGCUCGUAUGCUUUAAGUUGGUGCCCCUGAAGUAUCUUGCUGAAAUGGGAGUUGACAUAUUAGCAUGUGCUCCAGUUCAAGAGUUUAUUUGUCUGUAUCCUCAUUUUAAGUCAUCAUAUGAUAGAUCAUUGAGAUGUAAGAGAACAGUUCCAUAAAUGUGAUAAUAUGAAAGGUACUGGUACCUUAAAGGGUUUUGUUCUUUUUGUAACAUAAUCUUAAUUGACUCCUUCAUUUUGUCGCAGUAUUACAUGUAAAUAUAUAGUAAAUAUUACUGAUACACUAUUUGUCUUUUAUUUAAAUCUGGGCUGCACAGUAAAUGGUAUUUUUUACAUAGUUAUAUAAAGGAAUUCAUAUCACUUCUGUUUGCAAGUUUAUUACAAGAUCAUUUCGCUUCAGCAAUUGUUUUGUUAUUUAGAAUUUACUCUAGAAGUGUACUUUAUUGGCAUUUAAAACUGAACAGUGGUUAUUUUUAUUGCUGCAGAUCUAAUCUCAGAGGUCAUCUACCCAGGGGAUUUAUUCCAUAGUAAACUUGAGUGUGAAUUUAACUGUUGUGAGCAAGUGUCCCCUGGACUAUCAAGUGUGAAGUUGCUGUAGAUUUACAGCCUACUUUUCUGCAUAGUUAAUUUUUCAUGCAGAUGAAUUCUCAGAAUACAUUACCUACUACUUAUUGUCCAGUGGCUUUUCUCAAAAAUUUGUCUCAAUUUCUAGUCAAUAGCAGAUGCUGUGGUAAAAUCCCUUCUAUGCUGUAUAAAGCCAAUGUUCUGGUGGAACCUUGAUGCUAAAGAAGGAACUGAAGUAUGUUUCAAUUUAAUGUGAAUCACGCUAUCACUUGACACUUUCAUUGCAUUAUAUUUCACUGUGUAGAAGGGAUCAGGCCAUGUUACUGAAAAACCUGUUGUGUUUCAGCCAUAGACUGGGUUCCCAUCACAGACCUUAAAAAGGUUGAAAAUACGGUUCUUCCCCUUUGUAAAACCUUAGCGGUUUUUUUUAACCUGUCCCUUCUGUGUUUAUCUUCAGCUGCCAAGGGCCUCGGGCAGUUUCCUACCCUAUGAGGACUACUUCUGAGGGUUGUGAAGGGUAAGGAAGGCCUUGUGAAAAAGGCAAAAACGAACUGUGCUGUGGAAUACUGUCGUAGCCUACUCUUUCCUGUAGGGAAUUCAGCAGGUGAUCCAAGAGAUAGCCAUAACAUUUUGACAGGAAAACAGUGUCUACCAUGAAACAAACCUGGAAACAAGGAAGAUGUUUGGUUUUUAAUUGCAAGGAAUUUUGAGUUGUUAGAUGACAUGUUUAUCUUUUGGAAUAUUUUGAUACCUGCAUGACAUCAUU